GGGAGAGAAAACUCGCUCCACUUGACGGGUGACAAGAGGAGGGUAAGGUGUUCGUCGAGCUGGUUCCUCGCUGCACAGAUAAAAUGAGGGUCCUUCUUCUUUCACUUCUAGUUUUAUCAGUCAGUGCCCAAGUAAGGUUUCCCGGUGAAGCGGACGCGGGGCAACCGGCCGACGGAAGUCCUGUCACCGACACCGGCCUCGUGGAACUCUUGAGCACGACCGACAGGCAGAAUGUCGGGAAUAUCGGCUCCUGCAUAACAGGAGGAGAAACAGGGACAUGCGGCCCCAUCAGGCAAUGCCCGUUGUAUGUUCCCCUUCUGAGUCAACUGCGAAACCGCGCCGUGCUCAGCUUUCUCCGGAGAAGAAUAUGCAGACUACUGACAAACAUCGUAUAUCUAUGCUGCCCAAACAACAGAGGUCCCAGUACAACGGAUUUGCCACAACCACCGCCUCAACCACAACCUCAACCACAACCUCAACCACAGCCGUCCAGUCCCCUUCUCUCUAAUAGUGAGUGUGGCAGAUCGUCUGGUAUACGUGUCACAUUAGGAGAAGAAAUACCCAUCGGGAGUCACCCGUGGCUGGCGGCCGUGGGCAUGCGUCUCCAGAAUGGCCGCUUCUUUGCCAACUGCGGGGGCACGCUCAUCUCCCGCCGCCACGUGCUCACUGCCGCCCACUGCUUCGACAACCCCGGCGUCGUCGAUCCGUCCAUCGUGAUCCUGGGAGACCACAACCUGCAGACGGCCGCCGACGGAGCGACCCCUCAGGAAUUCCGCAUCGCCGGCCGUCGCGGCAACGGACACAAGCGGCAGACCAGCGAGAACGACAUCAUGAUUCUCAUUCUGGAUCGAGACGCCUUUAUUAAUGAUGCCGUUCUCCCUGCGUGUCUGCCUUUCAAUGACCCGAACAGAGAUUACCUGAACGAAAAUCUGCUCGUGGUUGGCUGGGGAAGGACGGCAUUCGAGAACCGGAGGACUUCGCCGGUGCCCAAUGAGGCUUACGUGCCCGUAGUGGACACGAACCAAUGCAGGGCUUCUUACCGCAACGUUGAGACCCAGCCUGUGGUGGACACUCGGAAUAUCUGCGCUGGAAGAGGAGGCCAGGACUCGUGCAAUGGGGACAGUGGAGGCCCUCUGCUCUACGUGGACAACAACAGUGAUCAGUAUUACGUCGUCGGGGUUGUGUCCUUUGGAGUGAAGUGUGGCUUGCCCGAGUUCCCUGGCGUCUACACGAAAGUCGGCUAUUUCUUGGGCUGGAUCAGAAACGUGGUAGAGAGUACGUAAACAAGAGGAUCUCUGCAGCCUUCAUGUUUCACCAUUUUAGGAUCUGGGUUCCUUAUUUUGUUCAUAUUUUAAGGAUCUGGAUUCUUCAUUGUUACUUUUGAAAGUUAUUGAUCUUUUUCGUUUAAUUCCAAGGGCCUGAAUUCUUUAGUUUUCAUCUUUUAAGGAUAUUUUUUCUAUAAGGAUAUAGAUUGUUUUUGUUUCCUAUCAUUUUGUGGAUCUGUUCUUCGAUUUGUUUAUACAUGUAUAUUGAUUUUUUCUUUUUUUUGUGAGGAAAAGGGCAUUAUACUCAACUUAGUACAAGUAAAUAUAUUUGGUUAUCGCAAUG